AUGCUGGGCUAUAUGGGAUCGGCCAAGGACCGAUUGGACGAAAUCCGAAACUUAAACUCCGAUGCUCAUUACGAGUACCGAGGAAAAGUGCAAUUCAAAGAGUUACAGGAGGCCAUAGAUGCAAUCGAUGAGGCCAUGCUGGGCUAUAUGGGAACCGCAAAGAACCGAUUGGAUCAAGUGCGUAGCUUGAAUUCCCUAGCCCGUAGCUCCUAUUCGAAAUGUGUUAAGCCUGUGUUCGAAUGGUGCAUAGCCUCUAAUGUUUCCUUGCAUUCCAUCAUACCCUUCAUUGGAUCGGAGAAGCUGACGAAGCACGAUAGAGAUGCAGUAUCUACCAUGACACUCCACAUAAUCAGUAUGGGACUAAAUCACACCGCCAACUCUCUGAAUCUCCUAAACGAUGUUAUCCAACACACCUCCGACCUUAGAGAUCUAUUUAAGUCCAUAAUGCACGACAUAAAAAAUGAUUUCGGGGUGGGAGGUUUCUACGGCAAAAAGAGACUGGAGUUGCUGGAUAAAAGUGAGCGGGAAAAGAAGGAACAAACAAUUAAAACUGUCUUUAUUGCACUCGGGGUUGUCAUUUUUUCACCUGUUGGCGUGACACUUGGCUUGGCGGCAGCAGUUGGUACUGCAGUUGGGACAACCGACUUUGACCUAUGGCAAAAAAAGACUUCUUAUACAGAUCAAGUAGAGCAUAUUGAUAAACUUUUCCAGAUUCUACAGGCACAAUUUCUUAACGUCACGGAAUUAGUGGAAGGUAUCAAAACCAGCUUAGAAGAGGAUAAAACCAACUUACAUGCACUUCGUGGAAAAAUUAUUGGUGCCAGUAUAAGCCACUCUUUCUUGAGCUUGGACUCACUCACUAUGCACGCACUAUUUAUUCCUUCUUUGACAAACGUGACUGAUCAGUGCAUGAAGUACAUCACCUGGCACGGAUACAAUUCAUCAAUUUACGAAGAUAAUAUAAUCGAAACCCGUCGAGUGUCUUUUUUCACAACAUUGGAAUCUAAAGAUACCCUCGUCAACAACGUGGACGAAAGACCUAAAACUAAAUCCGCCAUUGAACUGGAGAAUGUGGAGGAGUCAAAACAAAUUAAGCAUUUUUCAGUGGAAAGUGAUAAUUUUCCUACAAUUGGGAUCCCUCAAACGUCGACGAUUCCAUCGAAAGUACAUAUGAUUGCUACUUAUUUUAAACACGUUAUACAAUAUAUAUCAAAUUAA